GGGAUCCUAUCUGGUUUGAACUAGUUCUCUCUCUGGCAUAUUAACCGCUUGCAAGCGCCGAGGAGCAGUGAGCUUAGUCUUUGUGAGUGACUCCAUCUGCAGGAGAAGGGAUUCCUCUGCUCUCCAAGGCGCCCCUUAUCAUUGGCUUAUUCCCGCUUCUAUUUCCUCACGUUUUAGGAUUCUGAUUUUUUUUUUUUAAUUUUUAACCCGUGACAAGCACAACGCCCGCCAUGCCGAAGAGAAAGGUGAACGCUGCUGAGGCUGGAGAUGUCAAGGAUGAGCCCAAGAGGAGGUCGGCACGGUUGUCAGCUUGGACAUCUUCCCCAGUGGUGCCCAAACUGCAAAAAAAACCCGCUCCUCCAAAGGCUGAACCAAAGCCAAAAAAGGAAAAGGCUGCAGUAAAGGAGAAGUCUGAAGACAAAAAGGUUCCAGCAAAGGGAAAGAAGGGCGCUAAAGGCAAACAGACUGAAGAGGCUAACAAAGACGAGACUAAAGAGGACGUCCCAUCUGAAAACGGAGAGACAAAGGACGACGACGAUGAGGCCGCAGGAUCCGACAAGGAUGAAAAGGAAUCGAAGUCUGAAUAACCUACAUCUUGUUCCAAGUCUUUUAUCAGUGGUUCCUGUACCUCCCUUGUACAAUUCAGAGGAAUAUUUUUAUCAACUAUUUUGUAAAUGCAAGUUUUUUAGUAGUUUAAUUCUAGAAAACACAUUUUUAAAAUAGGAGGGAAUCCCACCAUGUCUUUUUGUUCCAAAAUUGUUUUUAUUUUUUAAUACACGCUUGGAUGGAAAGCCCAUUUUUUUAAAAAAGAUGUUAUCAAGUGUGAAGUAUUUACUGUGGAGCACUUAAAGGUUAAUUCCAUGGCUGGGUUGUGAUGAGAUGGUUCAAAGUAAUUUCACCUGAUUUUGACCUAUGCCCCAUUGAUCUUGCUUGCAGGCCAAGUCAGAAGGCAAGGCCUGGAUUUUGGUCUGAUUCACAGUUUUCAAAGGUUUUUUUUUUAAUGUCUUAACAGUUAAAUUGUUCUGUACCCAUACUGUCUUGCGUACAAUUUUUACAUCUAAUAAAAGUCCCCAGGUGAUGGAUUUCCCUCUGAAAAAUUGUGUACUUAUCUGUGAUGUUACCAUUUUUUCCUAUAUUUUUUUUUUUUUUUGGGGUAGUGGUAUUUUAUUUUCAGUAUCUGUGUAAAAGUGCUGUGAAUCUUUUUGGAAAACUUCGAGUGUGUAGUGAGCGUGAUGUACUGGGAAGCUUAAAAAAAUAAAAGCGGUUAAAAAAAAAUGUCAACCACUUCACUCCCAGGGCGGCUGCAUUUUAUUUUUUCGUUUUGGUAUCUAUCCCAUCAUCUCAUUUUUACGGAGAAUGGGUUAAGCUAACGGCAUCAGAGAUACUGGUACGAGGGGUGCUUUGUGUUUUAAAUAUUUUUUUUACAAAAAAAAAAAUGCCAACUUGUCCUUUAAACUUCAAGUUGGGGAAGCCGCUAGGGUUUGUUUGGUUUCUGACUUUAAUUUUGACUACAUGUUUUUAUUCCUAGAUUUCCAAUCUACUAGAGUUUAAGGAAAAACAAUGUACAGAUUGUUCAUAGUGUCUGUGUACUGAUCACCAAACCAAUAAAACCUGGUUGAAAAAAAAGUUAAGUACA